AUGGCGCUGCCUAAGACCGAGCCCUUGGGUGGCAGCAUCAUGAGCGUCAUCAUCUGUCUCGUAUCCAUCAGCAUCAUCUCCGGCUUCUUUGCCCAAAGGAUUGUGGCUCUCAAGAACUGGAGGAGGAUACCAUUCGUGGUGUGGAUCGUGUUCGCCAUUUACACAGAUUCCUAUCUCUUCGUCUUCUUCACGGCCAUUCUCCAGUUCGCCCUCGGCGUCAACACGAACAUCCAUAUCUGCGACGGCGCCAUCCUCCUGUGCCUGGUCUGCUACAUCACGACAAAAGUAUUGAUUUACCUGUUCCUGGUUGAAAAAGCGCACAUCAUCCGGGGAGGAAUGAAGCCGCGGCUCAAGUCGAAGCUCUACAUCUUAAACUCGUUUGUAAUGCUAGGAAUUUAUGCCGUCAUCGCCAUAAUGAACUUCAUCUUCCGCAUCACGCGUAUCGACCACGGACAAUGCUACAUUGGGAUGCAGAAGGUGUCGAUGAUUCCCCUCAUCUCAUUUGACGCCGUUGUCAACAUCUACCUCACCAUCCUCUUCCUCAUCCCUCUCCAGAGCCUGUACUCAUUCAAGCACUGCCCCACGAACCCUCCAAACACUCGACUUAGGACCGUCGCAUUCCGUACCUUCAUCGGUACCCUGUGCACCCUCACCAGCAGCGUCGUGAACUUAACCGUACUCAUGGUCCUCGACGGCGAGCCCGGUUGGGUUUGUCUUAUGUGCUGCAACAGCGAUGUUCUCUUUUCGGCAAUCGUCAUCCAAUGGGUAACCAGCAAAGACAACGUUGCCACCGCACGCUUGUCGGGUAGCGGCUCCAACAGGGAGACGUUCGAAGAGCUCCGCCGUCCCGCGUACUCACCGCGCAAUCCGCCAAGUCAGAAGCACGUCAUGGGUGACAUCCCCGAGAUUUCUCUCCACAACUUCGUCUUCUCCAACAAUGUCACCAGCAAUAGCGAUUCAUCUGAAGCGGAAUUGACGACGCAGGAGAUAUCCCCCAUGAGCCCUGUAUCCGGAACCGGCGCCGUGGCCACGACAGCGUUCCGGCGCGGGUCACAACCCAUGCCGGCCAUCUCCCAAGAGAUCAUGAUUGAAGAUGGUCACGAAGAGCCGAACAGGUCCAGCCCGGAUGGGCAAGUAUGA